UGAGUGGCAGCUCUCACAGGUUUUAUUCUCUGAAGUGUCUGCAUCAGCCAUCAGGUGGAGCGGGCUCACUCCCCUUACUUCUUCCUUUGUCUCCAUCAUGUCUGGGAAGCCGGCUCUGCGGGCCCCCGGAGGCCCCUGGACAGCAGCUGUGAUGGUGUGGCUGGUGGCGCUCAGUGUCCCAGGGGCUGAGGGCGGAGACUCUCCACGGGACUUCGUGUACCAGUGUAAGUUCCUCUGCUACUUCACCAACGGGACGCAGCGCGUGCGUCUGGUGUCCACCUACAUCUACAACCUGGAGGAGUUCGUGCUCUUCGACAGCGACGUGGGGGAGUUCCGCGCGCUGACCCCGCUGGGGCGGCCGGACGCCGAGUACUGGAACGGCCUGAAGGACUUCCUGGAGGAGCGGGCCUAUGUGGACACGCUGUGCAGACACAACUACCAGAUUGAAGCAGGCACGACACUCCAGCGGCGAGUGGAGCCCACAGUGACCAUCUCCCCGGCCAGGACAGAGGCCCUGAACCACCACAACAUGCUGGUCUGCUCGGUGACGGAUUUCUAUCCAGCCCACAUCAAAGUCCGCUGGUUCCGGAACGACCAGGAGGAGACAGCCGGCGUCGUGUCCACCCCCCUGAUUAGGAAUGGGGACUGGACCUACCAGAUCCUUGUGAUGCUGGAAAUGACCCCCCAGCGAGGAGACGUCUACACCUGCCGCGUGGAGCACCCCAGCCUCCAGAGCCCCCUCACAGUGGAGUGGCGGGCACAGUCUGGAUCCGCCCAGAGCAAGAUGCUGAGUGGUAUUGGGGGCUUCGUGCUGGGGCUGCUCUUCCUGGGCCUGGGCCUUGUCAUCCGUCACAGGAAACAGAAGGGGCUCCUGCACUGACUCCUGAGGGUACUGUGACUGGGAUUGGCUGUGUUUCUUCUGAAAUGCCUGCUUGUUGUCCUCGCACAGAAUUCCCAGCUGCCUGUGAGCCUGCUCCCUCUGAGAUCAGAGUCCUAGUUGCUCUGAGGCAGUCGGCCAGGCAUCUGCUGUGACCCCCCUCGAGGCAGCUGUGAGCUUGGAGUCUGUCCUGUGGGCUGCCAUCUGAGUCUACUCAAGGCCCCCAAGGCAUUUUUCUUUUGUGCCUACACAGCCCCCCGCACCGCCUCCCCCCCCCCCCGCCCUCACUGUCCAAGAGAAGCACAUUAAAGCCUUUACCUGACUCCAGAGCUUUUAUCAUAAUUAAACAUGUUACCUGUAUCCUGAGCCUUCUUAACUGGGUGGAGGCAAGAAGUCACUGCAGAAUGAAAGGAACAUGUUUUGCUCCUUGAGGGAGACUAGAGCAUCUUGGGGUGCUGUGAUAAACGUGGGCAGAGGGAACAAUUCAAUCGUCCUCCGUCCUGACUCUUUGGUAUUGAUGUUCAGUGCAGUGGCCUUAGGAAGUGCCGGCCUCUCUUCCAGCCUGGUGGGUAGAGUGUAUGUCAGCAUGGAGGAAUUACCUGGGCCCCGGUAUAGUGGCCCCUGGUGUCUCAGAGAACCAAACUGAUGUCUCAGAUGUCUUGUCAAGUCAUAUUUAUGAAGGUCAAUUUUUGUUUUGGGAAAAGUAAAACCAGCAAUAAAAGUAAUGUUCUUGGUUCCAAA